CAUCACGCUGGUUUGUGCCACUCGGACAAAGAGAACUGAGUGGAGUUCUGUUUGUCAGGACCUUAGUUGGAUCUGCUGUGGACCAGGACGAGAACAGCUGCUUUAGUGGAGAUCUGGACAUCUGCAAUGGGGGACGCCUUUGGUUUGGUCUACUGUCUGGCUAAGGAGGAGGACUAUGAGCAGGUCAUGAAGAUCUGCACUUCAAAGGACUACAACGGACUGGACUACCUGCCUGCCUUCUUUCACCGCUGGCUGAAGGAACCUGGACGGAUCGUCCUCUUGGCUUGGAUGAAAGACAGAGUGGUGGCGCUGGAAUCUGCCUUGCUCGUGGAUGGGGGUCAGACGGUUGUGUUUCAGGGUCGCAGGGUGGUUUCUGACCUCAGAGGCAGUGGCAUCGCUGGCGUCCUCCACAGUCAUGUGACCUCCUACGUCCGCAGUCAGUACCCAGAAGUCUGUGCUGUCAGAAUGAGCCGAGGAGACCAUCCUUCAGAACGAAUCCUGUCUAAGUACAGACUUGUUGCUAAAGAGACAGGUGUUCUCGUCAUCAGAGCAUCUCUGGAGGAGAACCCGGACCAGGACAAGAUCUGUGGAAUGGAUCAGAUGGAUGUUAACGGGAACUAUCUACAUUCUGUCAGAGAAACCAGAAUAACCUCUAGAUCUGACCCAGAAUCUGCACCUGGACCCAAAUACAAAGAGCAGCAGAACCAGUUCCAUCCAGUAAACCCAGAAGUUUCAAACAAAAACGCUUCAACGAGGACCGAUUGAUCCACUUUACGCCCAGAAUCAGAACCAGGGGAUCUUUUAAUCUGGAAACUCCUCCGACAAACAUCAAGCGAAUCAAUAAGACACGAGGCCCCUGAGACCCGACGUUGGACCUGAGGCGAG